AUGACCGAAAACCCAACUGCCUCUGCCUCACUUACACUGCUGUCAGAUUUGAACCCUCCGUCCCUCGAUCGCACGUGGUUGACCGCACCCCAUCCCUCUCUCCCCAUUGUUGCAACCUGUAGCUCCGAUAAAACUGUCCGUGUAUACUCGCUAACCAACUUUCGGCUUCUCUCAACCAUCUCGGGCGGCCACAAACGCAGUGUGCGCACAUGUGCCUGGAAACCACACGUGCAAGGCGAAAGUGUUCUGGCGACAGGGAGUUUCGAUGCAACCGUGGGGAUCUGGCGACGGUGGGACAGUUACGGUCGGGCAGAGGAUGGCACAGAUACCUGGGGCUUGAGCUCUGAGACACUCGACGGCAAUGGGCGUGAUACUCAGGAAGAUGAAGAUGAUGAUGAUGAAGAAUGGCGAUUCGCGGUCCUCCUAGAUGGACAUGACAGCGAAGUUAAGUCGGUGUCAUGGUCGCCAUCCGGGAUGUUGUUGGCGACAUGCUCCCGGGACAAGUCAAUCUGGAUCUGGGAAGACCUGGAUGACGGGGACAACAAUUUCGAGACCGUGGCUGUCAUGCAGGAACAUGAAGGCGAUGUAAAAUGUGUCGCCUGGCAUCCCGUGGAGGAGUGUCUGGCCAGCGCCAGCUACGACGACACCAUCCGGUUGUGGCGUGAGGAUAUCGACGACUGGGGCCAGGUUGCGUGCAUCAAGGGUCAUACGGGAACUGUCUGGUAUUUAGACUGGGAAGGUAUUGACAACGUGCCAUCUACUGCAGCGGUGUGUGAGCAGGGCACGUCCCUGUCUGCUGAAUGGAAGGACCAGCAUGCCAUGUCUGGCCCUCGUCUCGCCUCAUGCUCCGAUGACAGAACAGUCCGCAUCUGGAAACGGAGGUCUAAAGAACAGCGAGCACAAUCGCAGGUUGGUAGUACGGGCAUACCUAGUAUCAUCCGGCCAGCAGGUACCGAUGAGACGUGGGAAGAAGACGUUCUUCUCCCACAAAUGCAUGAGCUCUCCAUCUACGCAGUUGCAUGGAGCAAACGCACUGGGCUAUUAGCUUCUGUCGGUGCAGAUGGACGCAUCGUGGUCUAUGAGGAGCGAUUUUUGACCACACCGGCACGAACGCUAGACACCGAUGCUCCUACAGAUACUUCUGCUACUACAUCUCGAACUCAUACAGAAUGGGUAGCCAUUGCGAUAUUAGAGGGUGCCCAUGGCAUCUACGAGAUCAAUCAUGUUGCAUGGGCCAGGCGCGCGGACCGAUGCCGAAAAGAGAACGAGGAGGUGCUUGUCACAACCGCUGACGAUGGGAGUAUUAAGGUCUGGGCCCUUUAG